GAACGGGCUAGUUUCCUCUGAUUGUGGCAGAAGGAGCCGUCAGCUUAGGGGGGGCUUCGACUCUCUGCGGGGAUCUGCUUCAGUUUACGAACCGAGAAGAAGCGACGGAUUCUAGGCGACAUUUCAGGCGAUGGAUAACAGCAGCCGGACUGUGGUGGUGACAGGUUUUGGACCAUUUGGAGAACACACUGUCAACGCCAGCUGGGUAGCAGUUCAGGAAAUGAAGAAACUUGGAUUGGGGAACAAUGUGGACCUGCAUGUACAUGAGGUUCCUGUAGAGUACCAGAAAGUCCAGAGUUUGGUUCCCUCAUUGUGGAAGCAAUUUCAUCCACGGCUCAUCGUCCAUGUGGGAGUCUCAGGGAUGGCCACCACUGUGACGCUGGAGAAGUGUGGCAGAAAUCAUGGCUACAAAGGCCUGGACAACAGCAGCUUCUGUCCAGACUCACAGUGUUGCAUCGUGGGAGGCCCAGACUGUAUCAACUCAGUUAUUGACAUGGAGUCGGUCUGCAAGAGAGUGACUGCGACAGCUGGACUGGGAGUAGCUGUGACCGUCUCCAAAGAUGCUGGAAGGUACCUCUGCGACUUCACCUACUACACGUCUCUGUACCUGAGCCGCGGCCGCUCUGCCUUCAUCCACGUGCCUCCUCUGGGAAAGCCUUACAGCGGGGAGGAGCUGGGCCGCGCGCUGCAGGCCAUCAUCAGGGAGAUGCUGGAGCUCCUGGACCAGGCGGAGGACCAGAUCCACUGCCAGCAGCACAUCCACUAAGUGACCUCCCUCCAGCGUCUCCAGCCCGAGCCACACAAGAGUAAUUGCACUUGACCACAAGUAGCCAAAACUUCCUUUUCUUGUUUUUUUUUUUUUUUUUGCUCUUAAUUUACUGAACUUUUGAGAUUUGGCCCUUUUGUUUAUAUCACUAUAUAUGUUUCUGUUUUCCCUUCGUCACUUAAUGUCUCCCCGUGGUAAGAAGAUAAAAUGGGAGUCUAAGGGAACAUUUAAGUGUAAAAUCUGAUUUAAAAGAGAUACACGAGAGCAAGUCGCUGCUUUUGAUUUAUAUUUGGUCACAAACGGAGAUACAAAGAGUCUGUGAUGUGACGUUAAAUACGAUCUAAAAGCCCAAAUGUGACUCCUAUUAAUGCACCUUAUAGGGUUAGGGUUACUGUAGGAGACACAUCUGGGAAUCUGUAGCAUCAGAUCGAGAUUUUUUUUCUUUUUUUUUACAUGUUCAAUUGCUAAAUAUCUAGAAGAUGUCAAUGUACAUAACACAACAUGGUUUAAGUAGAAAUGUUUAGCUGUAAGCUUCAUUCUCCGUCACCUUUUGUGUCCUGAACUCAUCCGUCUUCUUUCCCUUUUGGUGUUGAAUUAUUUCCGAGUCGGUUUUCUUUAUAAGAAGUUGUGAAUUUGCCUUCCUUUACAAAGGUUAUUUAAAUCAGGGAACGGGUUGGUUCCAGCUCAUACUUCCCCAGUUUGUUGGCCCAGUUCUGACAGAAAUAAAUAAAUCUGCCCCACUGAGAUCUGACCCCGGACUGUGCAAUGAAACUUUACAGAUCUCCUUCACUGGAAACCUUCUCAAAGUCAGGAUUUUACGGCUGAACACCUGUUGACAAAAGGCUCAAGUUUUUAAGUUUCCUGGCAGAAUUUAAAAAUAAAUUAUUUCUUUUAAGGUUAGUAAACAAAGAAAAUACUGGAAAAUGUUUGUUUCUCCCCGUUUUAGUGUUUCAGAUCAGAGAAAAAUCUGAGUCAGUGAUUCAAAUUUAAUUUCUUAAAGAAACAAUCUGGCUAUUUGGAAAUUCAUUUUCAUUCAUAACUAGUUUGGUUUUUCUUUUUUCCCCUUUUAAAAAAACACUAGAAGUAACUUUAAAACAGCAUUUUGUUUUUGCAGAGUUUCUAUUCGUCUGAUAUUCAGUUUAGUUAAAAUAUUCAAAAUGUGUAGGGUAUCAAAGGUAUACACCCCUUGGAUGUUUUACCCUUUUCUUGCUUCUUUAACAAAUCAGUCAUAAAAAAAGCAAAAUUUUUAUUUUUUCCAUUUUGUUAUAGUAUGUAUCUUUUUUUAAUUGUCUUUAUUUUAACAAAAUCUGUUUUUCUUUUACAUCAAAGGAUUUUCUUGGUUAUUUUUUGUCAACAAAGUUUAAUUUUGUUGAUAAUGAUUGAUUUAUAAAAGCUUUAAACAGAGUAAAGCAUCCAAGGCGGUGAAUAUUUCAGAAUCAAAGCGCUAUUUUAUAUUUUAUACUAAACACAGAUGCUACAUUUCCAUAUAAUUUCAUGCUUUUUUUGUAUUUAAACUCGAGACGCUUAAAGAUGUAAAUUAAUUGCAUCUUAAACUCUUGAGGAAAAAAUGCCAGCAGUUUGCAGCUCGAAGCCAAAUGUAGUUUUUUCUGUCUUGGUUGUGCAGCUUUUCCUUCCUAAUCCAAACUCUCUGACCUCAGUGAGUCACUUUUAUUGUAGCUUCUUAUUUUAAGUGACAUGUUGACGUACUGAAGUCGGACGCAGAGCUUUCAGUCAGAACUGGGCCUUUAACUUUAUUCCUGUUGCACUUUCUGUUUUUUGUAAAUUGGUUUAAUCUGUUCUGAAACAGCAUUUGUCAAACAAUGUGAAUGGUUGCAUGUUUUUUUUUAAUUUUCUGUCACUUUAAAAUGAAUCAUGUAGCUUUCCAUGACCAUUUUAACUUGUUUUUUUCUUUCCAACUAUUAUGAGAUUUUUAUCUUUCAUUGAGUUUUACUUAUUCUGUUUUUAUUAUUAUUAUUAUUAUGAUUCCAGAGCUUUGUGGGGUUUUUUUUUUUACAUAAACAGGCCUCCCUUUUUGCUGUCUUGUUUCUUUUAAUACCAAGGACAGUUUAGAGCGCUUCACUUCUUUUCAGUUUGCCUCAGCAGCUUUUUAAAACUUUUAUAGCUAGACUUGUUCAUAUUUUAACAUUGUUACACAGCUUGGAUUCAUUGAGCUUUAGUAAAUCACCCCUAAUUUUAACACUGCCGUUUAUAUGUGGAUCCAGGUAAGAGUUGUGAUGACAUAAUUGGAUCGUGGAGCCACUUAAAUUUCAUCCUGUCAUUGUAUUUAAAAAUCUUUGCAGUGAUUAAACCUUAGAGCACAGCUUUGUCCUGAGUUGUUGUAAAUAUUGGCAGGUUAUUGUGUGGCUUUGUGAGGGUUGUGAAGAAGGCUGUCUGCAAAUUUUCUGCCUCAAGAUAGCCUUUGAGGUGACCUCUGACCCUCUCCUGUGCCUUGUUGCUGUUUGUGUCCUGAAAAAGGCCUUACUAAUUCUUCGUGGGUCAGAUCUGAGAAGUAUUAUCGAUGCUGUCCGUACAGACGUGUGGCUACCUCACAAAUACUGUUUUGGUUUUGAUCUCAGUGUGUGCUCAGUUGUGCACCUACAUCUUUGCUCUGUGACAUGUUGACGGUUCUCUGAAAGUUUUUUUUUUGUGUUAUUAUGCACUGUUACAGUCUUUAAUCUCACUUUGUAAAAUAAAGGCUUUGAAAUAAAGAAAUUAAAUGAUGACAUUAAA